AUGCACGGCUUCCUGUGCAUGGCAGCGACCCCCGAGAGCGAGGGCUCCUGCCGCACACAGCCCCGCCCUCCACACCAGCGUGGCCCCAGGUCCACUUCUCCGGGCUGCCCGCUUCUGGACCAUGCCCAAGCAGACCCCUUUGUGCCCCCCGCCCUCCAUGUCUUUGGGAAGGCCCUCUUGAAGCCCGGGCUCAGAGCGGCGGCAGCAGCGGCCGCGGCCACAGCUCCGGCUCCGGCUCCCGCGCCCCGCCGCGCCCCGCGCUCCCCGGGCCCCUGCGCCCCGACCCCGUCGCCGCGCCUGCCGGGGGCCCUCGGUGCCCCCGCCGCCCGCCUCACGCUGAAGUUCCUGGCGGUGCUGCUGGCCGCGGGCAUGCUGGCGUUCCUCGGUGCGGUGAUCUGCAUCAUCGCCAGCGUGCCCCUGGCGGCCGGGCCCGCGCGGGCGCUGCCCGGGGGCCCCGACAACGCCUCGGCGGCGCCCGCGGGCCCGCAGCGCGGCCUGAGCGCGCUGCACGGAGCCGGGAGCCCGGCCGGGCCCUCGGCGCUGCCCGGGGCGCCGGUGGCCAGCGCGCGCCCGCUGCCGCCCGCGCCGCUCUUCAGCCGCUUCCUGUGCACGCCGCUGGCGGCCGCCUGCCCGUCGUCGUCGGGGCCGGAGCCGGGGGCCGCGGCGGGCGCGGCGGGCGCGGGGGGCGCGGCGGCGGCCGAGCGCGAGGAGCUGCUGCUGCUGCAGAGCGCGGCCGAGCAGCUGCGCCAGACGGCGCUGCAGCAGGAGGCGCGCAUCCGCGCCGACCGCGACACCAUCCGCGAGCUCACCGGCAAGCUGGCCCGCUGCGAGGGCGGCCCGCAGGGCGCCGGGCCCCGCCGCGACACCAUGGCCGACGGCGCCUGGGACUCGCCCGCGCUCGUCCUGGAGCUGGAGGACGCCGUGCGCGCCCUCCGCGACCGCAUCGAGCGCAUCGAGCAGGAGCUCCCAGCCCGAGUGAACCUGUCCACUGCACCAGCCUCAGCCCCUGUGAUGCCCACAGCCCUGAAUUCCAAGAUGGACGAACUUGAAGGCCAGCUGCUGGCCAAGGUGCUGGCCCUAGAGAAGGAGCGUGCGGCCCUCAGUCACGGCAGCCAGCAGCAGCGGCAGGAGGUGGAGAAGGAGCUGGAUGUCCUGCAGGGCCGCGUGGCCGACCUGGAGCAUGGCUCCUCGGCCUACAGCCCCCCGGACGCCUUCAAGGUCAGCAUCCCAAUCCGCAACAACUACAUGUACGCGCGCGUGCGCAAGGCGCUGCCCGAGCUCUACGCCUUCACCGUGUGCAUGUGGCUGCGAUCGAGGUCAGGUGGCACUGGCCAGGGCACACCCUUCUCCUACUCCGUGCCGGGACAGGCUAACGAGAUCGUCCUGCUGGAGGCUGGCCAUGAGCCCCUGGAGCUGCUGAUCAAUGACAAGGUGGCCCAGCUGCCCCUGAGCCUGAAGGACAGCAACUGGCACCACAUCUGCAUCUCCUGGACCACAAGGGACGGCCUGUGGUCUGCGUACCAGGAUGGGGAGCUGCGGGGUUCUGGCGAGAACCUGGCGGCCUGGCACCCCAUCAAGCCUCAUGGGGUCCUCAUUCUAGGCCAGGAGCAGGAUACCCUGGGGGGCCGGUUUGAUGCCACCCAGGCCUUCGUUGGUGACAUUACCCAGUUUAACCUGUGGGACCACGCUCUGACACCCGCCCAGGUCGUAGGCAUCGCCAACUGCACUGGGCCGCUGCUGGGCAACGUCCUCCCCUGGGAGGACAAACUGGUGGAGGCCUUCGGUGGGGCCACCAAAGCCCCCUUCAACGUCUGUAAGGCGAGGGCCAAGGCAUGAGGCGGCGCGGCCCGGCCCCGCCCCGCCCGCCUGCCGCUGCAGGAA